CGCGCGUGCACGGCAGCAUCAUCACGCGCAGCAUCUUUCGCCCACAGACAUCUCUGCGUUUCACUUAAUUUUGACUUCUCAGACAAAAAGAGCGUCUACUACGGCGUCAUAUCUUUAUAUUCUGCUCGUCUGGAUAACCGUGAGGACAUUUGCGCCGCGGGAUUGAAGUGUUUUCAUGGAAAAUGGCGAGAUGGGCUCACGCGUGUCUGCUGCUGAUUAUGGUGAUUUUCAGCGGAUCGUGGACCGCAGUGGACGCGCUCACAUUCCCACAGCAUUUCACGAUCAUGCACUGGGCUCGUCGCAUUGAACAGGAGAUUGACAGAGUCUUGCAGCACAUCAGCGGCGCUCAACAACUGAAGGGGAUCUACAGCGAGAAGAGGAGACAGUUCAGUCUGGUCAGAAAUAACCCUCGAGACAUCGUAGAAAAAGUGGCGACUGACAUUGAGAGACUGCUGGCCAAGAAACGCAAAGCGCUUGAGAAACUGGCGAGUGAAGCGGAGCGUCUUCAGAAAGAUCAUCACUGGCAAGAUGGAAUCAAGGAGGAAAAUAUUGAAUAUUAUAACUCUAAAGCAGAGAUGGACUAUGAUGGUGAAGACAUCGAUUCUCAGAUGUCGCUGAAACUGGAGUUCGUGUACGACCCGAUCUUUAAGAACCAUGUGAAUUUCUCACACACCGCCGUCCAGAUCCCCACAGACAUCUACAAAGGCGCUCCAGUGAUUCUGAACGAGUUGAACUGGACACAAGCUUUAGAGCGAGUCUUCAUGGAGAACAGCAGAGACGACCCGUCGUUACUCUGGCAAGCGUUUGGGAGCGCCACGGGGGUCACGAGAUAUUACCCAGCCGCUCCCUGGAGAGCACCGGAUAAGAUCGACCUUUACGAUGUACGACGGAGACCCUGGUACAUUCAAGGAGCGUCAUCGCCGAAAGACAUGGUCAUCCUUGUAGACGUGAGCGGCAGCGUCAGUGGACUCACUCUCAAACUGAUCAAAGCUUCAGUCACAGAGAUGCUGGACACGCUCUCCGACGACGAUUAUGUCAAUGUGGCUAGGUUCAAUGAGAAGGCCGAGGCAGUGGUGCCCUGCUUUAGACACCUGGUUCAGGCCAAUGUACGCAACAAAAAGAUCUUCAAAGAGGCCGUGCAGCAGAUGCAGGCCAAGGGAACCACCGAUUACAAAUCCGGCUUUCACUUCGCCUUCAACCAGCUGCUCAACAAAACGAAUGUCCCUCGAGCCAACUGUAAUAAAAUCAUCAUGUUAUUUACUGACGGAGGCGAGGACCGAGCUCAGGACAUCUUCGAGCAGUACAACUGGCCCAAUAAGACGGUCCGUGUGUUCACGUUCUCGGUGGGGCAGCACAAUUAUGAUGUCACUCCGCUGCAGUGGAUCGCAUGUGCUAAUAAGGGGUACUAUUUUGAGAUCCGCUCCAUCUGUGCUAUAAGGAUUAACACCCAGGAGUAUCUGGACGUACUGGGCCGCCCCAUGGUCCUGGCAGGGAGAAGUGCCAAGCAGGUGCAAUGGACCAACGUCUAUCAGGAUGCUCUGGGUUUGGGGCUGGUGGUGACGGGGACGAUGCCGGUCUUCAACCUCACCAUAGACGGAAACUCUCAGAAUCAGCUGCUGUUAGGGGUGAUGGGGGUCGACGUUCAUCUGGAUGAGCUGAAGAGACUCACGCCACAGUACAAGCUGGGAGCAAACGGAUACAUCUUCGCCAUUGACCCAAAUGGAUACGUGCUCAUGCAUCCGAACCUGCAGCCUCGAGAAGAGGAUUUGCCAGAGCCGGUGACACUGGACUUCCUGGACGCAGAAGUAGAAGACAGUAGUAAACAGGAGAUUCGUCGGCAAAUGAUUGAUGGCCGAUCAGGAGAAAUUACGAUCAAAACUCUAAUUAAAUCAAUGGACGAGCGCUACAUUGAUGAUGUCACACGCAUUUACUCCUGGACACCAAUUAACGACACUGAUUACAGUCUGGGUCUGGUACUUCCUCCGUACAAUGAAUAUUACAUCCAGGCUGAUCUCAGCGAUGUCAUUCUCCAGCUGCAGUAUUUACAGUCUCUGCUGCCGAACUCUUUUGAGUCCGCUGGUCAUGUGUUUCUGGCCCCCAGAGAAUACUGCAAGCGUCUGCAGUUGGCGGAGAAUAACACACAGUUCCUGGCCAACUUCCUGUCUCUGAUGGUGGAGAUUUCACCUGAAACUGAAGACUGUGAUCAUGGACUCAUUCAUAACCUGAUCCUGGAUUCGAUGAUCCUCUGGCAGCUCGCCACGCGCGUUUGGCAGAACAAAGACCUCAACACGUACGGCUUCUUGGCACUGUUCGCGUCCACCAAUGGAGGCGUCACACGCGUUUACCCCAACAUGGCUGCUGAAUCAUGGGACGAGGACCCGGAGCCUCUGAACUCAAACUUCUUCCGUCGCAGUCUGGACAACAAAGGCUACAUCUUCAGAGCGCCAACACGAGCCUCGAUGGAUGAUCUGUUAAUCUCAGAGAACGGCACUGUGGGGAUUCUGGUCACCACCGCUGUGGAGGUCGUGAUCGGAGGCAGAACCAUGAGGCCUGCUGUGGUUGGCGUUAAGCUGGAUUUUGAGGCCUGGGUCGACAAGUUCAAGAUCCUCGCCAGCAACGUAUCAGACAGCAAGCAGUCCGCACAUAAGUGUGGCCCGUCCAGAUCCUGUGAGAUGGACUGUGAAGUGAACAGCGAUGAUUUGCUGUGUUACCUGAUCGAUGAUGGCGGUUUCCUGGUUAUGUCCAAUCAGAGAGAUCACUGGAAAAAGGUGGGGCUGUUCUUUGGCGAGGUCGACCCCUACCUGAUGUUCGCCCUCUACAACAACUCAAUCUACGCCCGCCAUCAGACCUUCCAGUUUCAGUCGGCCUGUGAGCCGACGGCCAGCAGCCACACGGGAGCCGCACACAGAGGAUUCUACGUGCCCUCCAUUGCUGAUUUCCUCAGUCUGGCCUGGUGGACGUCAGCAGCAGCGUGGUCUGUUCUCCAGCAGUCCCUGUAUGGACUUAUCUACAGCAGCUGGUUCACCACAGCAGACGCCUGGGCUGAGAGUUCAGACUCUAAAGGGAGCACCAGCUGCGUGACAGUUCACAGUCAGUUCUACUUCACCAACACCACCAACUCCUUCAAUGUGCUGCAGGACUGUGGGAACUGCUCCAGGUUGUUUCACGCCAAACGUAUAGAAAACACGAACCUGUUGUUUGUGGUGGCUGAGACACUGCCCUGCAGCUCUUGCGAGAUCGAGAAACUCCUGCCUGUCAGAACAAAGUCUCAAGAAGAGAACCCAUGUGAUGUGUUAAAUUCUGCCCGCUAUCGGAAAGGACCUGACAAAUGCUUCGACUACAACUCAGAGGAGAACACAUCUGAGUGUGGCAGCGCUCACUCUUUACACUGUCCCAUGGGAGUUCUGCUCUGGAUUCAGUUAUUGUCGCUUUACGUCAUUCUACGAUCGUAAUCUACAGAGUCCCACUGGCUUUGGUGUUCCUGUCCCUCAUCUGUACAACACUCCGGGUCCAAUCCUGACAUCCUUCUGAUUUUCCAGCUCUCUUUCUCAUCGUGAGCUGCAUUCCAGCUGUGUGCCAUUACAGCAGAGCAUGAUGGGAAAACAUGUCUUAGUAACCCGUGACAUUGUGCAGAUCCCAAAAAAUAAAAACAACUGUCUUAAAUCAUUCACCUUUAUAUUCGGAAAACGUACAAAACAACAACAACAACAACCUUUCUGCUGCCGUGAAGUAUUUUUGCUUGCCAAACCCAAAAACAGGAAAGGACCUGGUUUGUUUCGAAAGACUGAAACACGACACAAGUUUUGACAGUUAUUAUCACAAUCUCGCAUUGAGUGUUUAUUCGAGUCUUGCUUUGUUCUUUGGAUUUAGUGCCAAACCCUGAUGUAUGUGGAUGCUCAUAUGCGUGGGACACGCAGCUUUCAUUGAAAUAUUUUGUUCCAAGGCCAUGUUGCCAAAAGAGAAUGCCGUAAUAUCGCAAACAAGAAAAAGAUUUUGAUUUCGCUUUGUGUUUAUUUACAGCUUUGCCGAAUGUUUAAGGGCAUAUAUUGUGUAUAAAACUGCUGCCUGGUUUGUUACCCAACAGUGCCUUGGCGCACUUGUCCAAAUGGACCAAUAAUAGCACUGGAUGUGGAUUUGAGUGACCCGGAAUGAAUGCUGAAGAAAGUUACGGUAUUGAAUGUUAACUUGACUUUGGUUUACAGCAUAAGGGUGAACGUCAUGAAACCUGGCAAACAUACGUUUUUCACCCUGAAUCAAAACAAACCAAAAAAUUCACAAAGAAAAUGAAGCCUAUUUUGAGGACCAUUAAGAUUUUAAAAAUAAUAAAGUUAAUUUUCCUAACAAUUCUCAUUACCGUAAUAAAAAAAAGUUUAUUCUCAUUACCGUAAUGUGAAAAAAUUCAAAUUUUAGCAAGUUAUACUGCCUUACUUUGUGAUUAUUUAAAUGUAUCUUACUGUAAUUCAGUAAAAAUACAUUAAAGUAAUGUAACACAAAAAAAUCAAGUGUUCCUACAAAUACCCUUCAUUGAAAAAAAACGUUCUCAUUACCGUUAUGUGGAAACAAUCCUAAUUUUAGCACUUGUUAUAUUACCUUAAUUUGUGAUUAUUUAAAUAUUUUUUACUGAAAUUCAAAUAAUGUAACAAUGUGAAAUAUCCACAGUGUUUCUACAACACCUUUCAUUUUCUAUUUAUAAUUGUUUUUUCUGUUGAAUUUGGGGGGAUUUCUCGUGAGACUCGCCCGCGCACGUCCUUUAGCAUUCAGUAUGGGUUUUACUAUACACGUUCUACUGAUUCUGUCUUUAGAAAGGCACUCAAAUUGUUUUAAAUUCUUUUGAUGUAAAUAUGGUUAUUCCACACUGAGUUGAUCUAGUGUGUUUUAAUGAAAUGGAAUGCAAACUGAUGUCUCGCUGUCCUGCUGCAUGCUGGGGGAAAAACGAUAACUGCUAUUAAACUUAAUAAUGAAUGAUUUCAGGACAUUUACUGGAAAGACACUCGACCCUUACAGCCAUUCGAUGGACCAAUUUUAUGUUCUCAUUGAGUUCAUUGAUGCUAUCGAAGGGUCGAUAUGUAUUGAUUUUGAUUUAGUUUAAAAGAUACGUUGUGUAUAUUGCUUGCGAAAUGUAUCGAGUGUGAAUUUUGAGACGCUUUCAUGCUUUUAUUGAGAUGUUUUGGUUUUUAUCGCUGAUGUUUUGUUGCUUUUCAUUGAUUAUCGAUAACAAAGGUCAAUCUAGAAAAAAAAAUUUGAGUUGGUGGUACUUCAUCUUUUAAUGUGGCCACACUUCCAAAACACCUGUACUUCCAAAUGAAUCCGACUGGGCCAAGAUUCUGAAAGGGUUUCGCUUGACGUGUUUUGUAUCGUAAUGGCUUGAGCAAUACUUUGAAUUAUGUCAACAACGCUGAAAUGCAAGUGAGCGCUACUGAAUUAGUGUAAGGAGAGCAUGAAAUCAGUAUUGAGCCGCUUUCUUUGGAUGACUUUGAUUCAGGCUUGUCUUUGAAUAUCGGCUUAAUGUUUGUACGUGAGCUAUGAGUGUUCUAACAGAAUUAUUUAAUGCCAAUAAGAGUAUUUAUACUACUGUCUUUAUGUAAAAUUAUCUCUGUGUUACAUUGAAUUUAAUUAUGUGAAUAGGAAUGUUUUAAGUAUUUUUUUUUCUGCAGAUGUUUGUACAUUUUGUGAAAGGGUUUUUCCUCCCUUUCUGCAGUCUUCCAUAUCACUUCAUUUUGUACAGAUGGCACAAAUCUAUCAAGAAAUUUGUAUCAUAUUGUGUCGUUCUCUUCUGGGAGAUGUUUAUAAGAGAAUUGGUGAGAUAAAGACAUUCAUAUUUUUCACGUCAA